GUGGCAACCAGGGCCAGACGUCUGUCAGGUCGGGAGAACAAGGGCAAGCGUGAGAGAGAAGCAGCAGCAGCAGCAGUUCGGAAAAAGAGAAAGUCAUAGAACUAUCCUUAGCUUUACAGUCGAUCCAGCUGUCCGACAACACACAGUUGAGUAAACUAUCGACACAAUGAUGAUGACCCAGGUGGAGACCACGGUGCACUAUGACAACGGCUAUGAGGAAGAGUACAUGUUACAGGAGGAUGAGUGGGACAGGGACAUGCUGCUGGACCCUGCCUGGGAACAACAGCAGAGGAAAACCUUCACAGCCUGGUGUAACUCCCACCUGAGGAAAGCUGGGACUCAAAUUGAAAAUAUUGAAGAGGACUUCAGGAAUGGACUGAAACUCAUGCUGCUUCUGGAGGUCAUCUCAGGAGAGAGGUUACCCAAGCCAGACAGAGGGAAGAUGCGGUUUCACAAGAUUGCCAACGUCAACAAAGCUUUGGACUUCAUCACGAGCAAAGGAGUGAAACUGGUCUCCAUUGGAGCUGAAGAGAUUGUGGACGGGAAUGUAAAGAUGACUCUUGGAAUGAUCUGGACUAUUAUCCUCCGCUUCGCCAUUCAGGACAUUUCUGUGGAAGAAACAUCUGCCAAGGAGGGUCUCCUCCUGUGGUGCCAGAGAAAGACUGCCCCCUACAGGAAUGUCAACGUUCAAAACUUCCAUGUCAGCUGGAAGGAUGGCCUGGCCUUCUGCGCCCUGAUUCAUAGACACAGACCCGACCUCCUCGACUACUCUAAGCUCAACAAGGAUGAUCCGAUGGGGAACCUGAACCUGGCGUUCGACAUAGCGGAGAAACACCUGGACAUUCCCAAAAUGCUGGAUGCAGAAGAUAUCAUCAACACCCCUAAGCCAGAUGAAAGAGCUAUCAUGACCUAUGUGUCCUGCUUUUACCACGCUUUUGCUGGAGCCGAGCAGGCAGAGACGGCUGCCAACAGGAUCUGUAAGGUGCUUGGUGUAAACCAAGAGAAUGAGAAAAUGAUGGAAGAGUAUGAGAGACUGGCAAGUGAGCUGCUGGAGUGGACCCACCGUACCACUCCCUGGCUCGAGAACCGGACCCCUGAGAAGACCAUGGUGGAGAUGCAGCGGAAACUGGAGGACUUCAGGGACUACAGACGCCAGCACAAGCCCCCGAAGGUGCAGGAGAAGUGCCAGCUGGAAAUUAACUUCAACACCCUGCAGACCAAGUUGCGUAUCAGCAAUCGCCCUGCCUUCAUGCCCUCUGAAGGGAAGAUGGUGUCUGACAUAGCAAGUGCAUGGCAGGGCCUGGAGCAGGCAGAGAAAGGCUACGAGGAGUGGCUCCUUACAGAGAUCCGUAGGCUGGAGAGGCUGGACCACCUGGCUGAAAAGUUUCGCCAGAAAGCAACCAAUCAUGAGAGCUGGGCCAGCGGUAAAGAACUGAUCCUCUCCCAGAAGGACUAUGAAACAGCCACCCUGACAGAAAUCAGAGCAUUGCUUCGAAAACACGAGGCCUUCGAGAGCGACUUGGCAGCUCACCAGGACAGAGUGGAGCAGAUUGCCGCCAUUGCUCAGGAACUUAAUGAGCUGGAUUACCACGAUGUAGCUGCUGUGAACCAGCGCUGCCAAAGCAUCUGUGACCUGUGGGACAAGUUGGGAACCCUGACUCAGAAGAGAAGAGAGUCACUGGAGCGGACAGAUAAACUGCUGGAGACUAUUGAUCAGCUGUUCUUGGAGUUUGCCAAAAGAUCAGCUCCUUUCAACAACUGGAUGGAAGGAGCCAUGGAGGAUCUGCAGGACAUGUUCAUAGUGCAUACUACUGAGGAGGUCCAGAGUCUAAUCUCAGCUCAUGAGCAGUUCAAAGCUACCCUUCCUGAGGCAGAUGCAGAGAGACAGGCCAUCAUGGGAAUCCACAAUGAGGUGCAGAAAAUUUCCCAGAGCUAUGGGAUCAAGGCCAACAUCAUCAAUCCCUACAGCACCAUCACAAUCGAGGAGCUUCUCAACAAGUGGGAUAAGGUGAAGAAGCUGGUUCCUCAGAGAGACGGUGCCCUACAGGAGGAGAUGGCACGCCAGCACGCCCACGAAAGGCUGAGACGACAGUUUGCUGCCCAGGCUAAUCUCAUUGGACCCUGGAUACAGGCCAGGAUGGAGGAAAUUGGGCGCUGCUCCCUGGAGAUAGGAGGCACCCUGGAGGACCAGAUGACCCAACUGAAGCAAUUUGAGCACGUCAUCGUUGCAUACAAGCCAAACAUUGACAAGUUGGAGGGAGACCACCAGCUGAUCCAAGAGUCGCUGGUGUUCGAUAACAAACACACAAACUACACUAUGGAGCACAUCCGUGUGGGGUGGGAGCUGCUCCUCACAACCAUUGCUCGAACCAUCAAUGAGAUUGAAACCCAGAUCUUGACCCGAGAUGCCAAAGGAAUCAGCCAGCAGCAGAUGAAUGAGUUCAGAUCCUCUUUCAACCACUUCGACAGGAAGAAGAAUGGAGCAAUGGAGACAGAUGACUUCAGAGCCUGUCUCAUCUCUAUGGGUUAUGACUUGGGAGAGGUGGAGUUUGCCCGUAUCAUGAUGCUGGUAGACCCCAACGCGACCGGAAUCGUCUCUUUCCAAUCUUUCAUUGACUUCAUGACCAGAGAGACCGCUGACACAGACACUGCCGAGCAAGUUGUGGCAUCCUUCCGGAUCCUGGCAACUGACAAGCCCUACAUACUUGUGGAUGAGCUGAGGAGAGAACUCCCCCCUGAACAAGCAGAGUAUUGCAUCAUGAGGAUGCCACCAUACGCCGGUCCUGGAGCACCACCAGGGGCAUUGGACUACACUGCCUUCUCCACUGCCCUCUAUGGAGAGAGCGACCUUUAACCCACUAGAAACCUUUUCAUCUACUGACCGUUUACCUAACUCCCCGCAACCUCCAACCUGACAUGUUUUGAUGAAUUUAUGGAAUCUAUAAGCAAGUUGGAUCAAAUAUGAUGAAUGAAAUGUGUUUGUGACCAUACCAGGUUUUUUUUGUUGAGUAGUUUUCUGAAGCAUUAGACUGUCUACAAUCAUGCUGCGCAUUGUGUCUACUACUUUGUCCUCUUGGAUUAAAGAUGCCCCCUAAACAAAUUCAAAGUGCCAUGUUCAGAUUAUAUGGAAACAAAGCAUUGUACACUUUAUUGUAUGUGUUAAGGUUUUGGUGCAGAAAGUUAGGGUUCUGUGAUGAAGGCAAAGCUAGAAGAGAAAUCUACUUUUUGAAAAUACAGAUUACAUAAUAGGAUCCUUCUGUUUCGUGCUCAUCUAUUGAAGAAAUCAGACAUGAAAGAAGUCUUUCUUUUAGCAAUGCCAUGUAUUGUUUUCAUACUUCCCCACAGGGCCUUUGUAUUGGGAAUACAGUCUUCUGAUAAGGCAUUUUGAGAUUUUUAAAGUAAAUUUCAGUUUGUAAAAGCAAUUUUAGACUCACUGCCAUUCAACAAUAAACAGUGUAGAAAAUGGGUUCCAAAAAGGACAAAAAUAUACAGUACCAACAGAGAGAAAGUGGGGAAGCCACAUGAGUGCAAAAGUAAAUGUUUACAAUUGUAUAGUUGUUUCAAGGCAGAGAACACGGAAGACUGAGUGUGCAGUAUUCAUGAGAAAUAAUAAAACAUUUUCUCAGGCAGCAACACUUUUAAAGUGCGCUGACAGUACAAUAAACUCCUAAAAUAAAUACACUUAUAAUAAACUAAGGCUCAAAUGAAACACUAAAGAUCAAAUCCUCAUUGAUCGGUGCUAGUAAAAACAGGACUAGAUUAAAAAUAAAGCCUUAUGAGGUAAUCUGCAAGAGAUGCAAAGGAGCUUGUUGACCAUACUGCUUUAUUAAACAUGAAAUGUAUUUGAUAUAUGUCUAGCAUCUUUAUGUAGAUAUUUUUCUUUUGGCUGCCAAAUUUAUUUUGCAGACAGUCUUCUUCAUUUGUCCUUUCCCAGCUGUUUCUAGAGAUGAGUAUUCAUGAUUGUGCUUGUUCUUGCUGAGUUCGAAGCACAUCACUUAUGUAACUCUAUAUUUAGGCAUUUGUUGUACCACUUUAAUGUCUUCACUGACUCAAAAUAUUAACUUAUUAAUCGAGUUAUUUCCCUGUUCUCCUUUGUUGGUACUGUUUAUUUUAGCCUUUUUAUACGGUCUUUUCUAUACUAUUUGAACAUAAAAUGAAGAAACAGAUACAAAUAAUUUCCAUAAUGUCAUAAAUUGAGUAUUUUAGGUAUAUAUUAGUGGUAAUGAUUUAACCAAACUCUGCUAGUGUUGUAUGCUAAUAACACCUGAUUCUGUCUCAAAUUAUUUUAUUUUAAAACAACCUUCAUGUAAUCUUAAUGAAAAAGAAUGAAAAAUCAGACAUUUUGUGAUCUUGAUUUCACAGCCACUGGCAAUUUUGAAACAUGCCAGAAAACACAGUGGAAGUUGUUAAAGUAACGGGAUUUUCUGUUUGGAAGAUCUUCGGCCACUUCACAUAAACCGAAGGCAAGGCACUGGAGUGUGUUGUUAAUUUAAUACUCUAUUUAAAUGCAAGCAGUCCACCUUAGACAUCACGCUAUAGGUGCCAGAGAUGUUCUCAUUUUUAGUGAAGGGUUUGAUUUGUUGAUUUUAGUAGGGAAAUAAAGAUACUCAGGCAGUACUGACACCUUGAAGAAAUUUGCUGGCUCAGCAAUCAAGUCAAUUAGUUAAACUUUGUACUUGAGGUUAUAUGGAUUAAUUAAAUAAACUGUUUGGGACUAAUUCAAACGCGUAUUUCAACCUGAUAAAUCCUUGUUUGUA